GUCUCUGAAAUAACUAUUUAAAGCAGUCUGUCCUGACUCAGCUCAGCAGUCUCCAGUCUACCAACUGGUCUCUGUAAUAACUAUUUAAAGCAGUCUGUCCUGACUCAGCUCAACAGUCUCCAGUCUACCAACCGGUCUCUGUAAUAACUAUUUAAAGCAGUCUGUCCUGAUUCAGCUCAGCAGUCUCCAGUCUACCAACUGGUCUCUGUAAUAACUAUUUAAAGCAGUCUGUCCUGACUCAGCUCAACAGUCUCCAGUCUACCAACUGGUCUCUGUAAUAACUAUUUAAAGCAGUCUGUCCUGACUCAGCUCAACAGUCUCCAGUCUACCAACUGGUCUCUGUAACUUCAUCUUUGUCUCUGUGGUGUUCAGUCUUCAGGUGAUGAUGGGGGUAUUGAAUCAUCUCUCUACUCUCCUCCUCCUCUCUCUCCUUCCUCCUGCUCUCUCUCAUGUAGUGAAGAAGUUCAGCAAUGUUACAGAGUGCCAGGAGUUCUUCAUGAAUGGGAAAACUCCAAACAUCACGGAUAUUUUGGUUGAUGGGACAGUCAAGAACCAGACCCGCUACAAGCCGAUUUGCCAGAAGUACAAGAACAUCUACAGGUUUGCAACUCUCUACGACAUGACCAAGAGGAUCCCUGUGUUCUCAGCCUACACCUUCACUGGUCCUCCUACAGACCCCAGACCACAUCAACCCUGGAUGAUUGAGCCCCAGCUUGAAAAUAUUUCUCACCAACAUGACAUGGUGGAAAAUAAAUCUGUCACACACAACCACCAGGCUGCGGACGCAGACUACGACAAAAACCACAUGAAUAUGGAGAGAGGUCACCUUUUCCCAUGUUCACACGCACCUCAUGAUGCUACCAUGAGGUCCACUUUCACCCUGACAAAUGCCGUUCCCCAGGAAAGAGGCUUCAACCGAGGCAGAUGGCGUGUAAUGGAGUGCAAAGUCAGAAAAUCUCUUGAGCUUAACUGUAAGGAUAACAACAACAAGAUAAAGGCCUAUGUGGUGACUGGAGCAGUUCCCAGCAGCAGCAACGAACUGAACAAACGAGUGAACAUCCCAGAUCUCCUGUGGACAGCCUACUGCUGUUACAACAACAAGAUGAAGAAGUGGAUGGCCCAAGCACACUGGGGGGAUAACAAGAACGUUAUGGGGAAUGCAUUGAAUCCACUAACCUUGGAAGAACUCGAAGGCAUGCUGAAGAACAAAUACAAUGGCGAUGUCGCGGUGUUCGACAGUAAAUGUCCAACAAAAGUUAGUGUAUUAGAGGACGAGACAGGGAGGAACUUAGAGAGUGUAUCAGGGAAGUUAAAGGAAUGUGAUGAGGAUGGAUGUGAUUGUGACUGUGAUGAAAAGUGAUGAAUUUUGUCCAGUGGUAAUUCACACAACUAUUGAGUACACAUGCCUCUACGUUACAAGGGCUAUAAGGUUUAUAAUGGUUAUAAGGGUUAAGUAAUAAUGGUUAUAAGGGUUUAAUGGUAAUAAGGGUUAAGUAAUGAGGUUCAUAAGGGUUUAAUGGUUAUAAGGGUUAUAAGGGUUAUUAUGCAGGGUUAUAAUGUUUGUAAUAAGGGUUAUAAUGGGUAUAAUAUGGUCAUAAUGGUUAUAAUAAGGUUAUAAUGGUUAUAAUAAGGGUUAUAAUGUUAUUAUAAGGGUUAUAAUGGUUAUAAUUAAACACGUUUAAGCGUUAUAAAGGUUAAAGACAAGCUCUGUUACUUUGGUGACUAAGAAAGUAUAUUUUUAAACCUCCCACUUUGGGCUGGAUGUAUGAAUGUGUCGUUCAUACAUGUAGAAUCUAUCAGCAGAAUUACUGUUUCCCUACAUUUCACCCCCCUAGCAAUUUGAGUCUUAGCCAAUGAGCAUCAGCCCCUCACAUUUGAGUGGGAACUAGUGUGGUGGCAGAAUUAGUGUUGAAUUGUUGUAACUUCUCAAUGGACAUGUUCUGUGUUGGACUGUGAUGUCAUGCCUUCCAUAGAGUCCUGGUAUGUCUGUACCUAAACACAAGGCCAUUGUGUUCUGGAACUGUUGCUGGUAUAAAUAACUGUUGCCGGUAUAAAUAACUGUUGCCGGUAUAAAUAACUGUUGCUGGUAUAAAUAACUGUUGCCGGUAUAAAUAACUGUUGCCGGU